UUAGUGUUAUGAAGUUUUUAAAAGUUCAUAUGUAUGUCAUAAAAAAUAAUUUUUUACAUAAAUUUUUUAUAUGUAACAUAUUUUUACAAUGUUACAGUGAUGAUAAUGAUCAUAACAACGUAUUAAAUACUAUGGAGAAUAUAAAAAAUACCACAAGUUCGGUUUUAAAAAUAAUAUCAUUAAACGAUUUUUCGAACAUUGAAACAAACUUUACAUUGAACAGUACAUCUGAAACAGAAACAGAACUUUCACAGGAAAGUAAUAAUGUGCAACAAUUAUGGAGUUUACCUAAAACAACUGUGACUUCAUUGGAAGAUAAAUCUUUAUUAUUUAACAUAUCAAGGAGUACUGUACAUGUUUCUACAACAACCUUAGACUCUGUUGAUGAAUUUGGACCACCAGAAGGAAUAGAAUAUAUUUUUGUACCACUUGGUGUUAUGGUUUUCGUCAUUGUAUUAUCUGCUGUGGUAUUUAUUAUAUCAAGAAAACGAAAGUUGGAGCGCUUAAGGCAUAGACUGAUGCCAAUGUACAAUUUUGAUCCUGGAGAAGAAGAGGAAGAUGACUGGGAAACUGAACUAUUGGAUGAAUGUUAUAAUAAUCAUCAAAGACGAACUAAUUUUACAGCAAGGAUAUCAAUCUAUGGAUGUAGAAGAUAAUGCUGAACUUUUUGGUGAUCAUUGACAAAAUAUCAGUUAGUGUUUGACCAAAUUUCUUUUAUCUUUUAUGUAUUAUGAAUAUAGUUCAUUGAAAUAUGCUUGAUAUAACAGUAUUAAAUGAUAUCAAAAAAUGAAAUGCAGAUGUAUACAAAAAUAUUAUAUAAUACAGUUCAUAAAAUUUA